AUGAUAUGGGCUGGUGUACAAGAGGUUCUGGGCGUCAAAAAUUACGAACAUUCUACAAUCAUCGGUGGUUUGAAAAGCCUUGUUCUCUUUGACGAAUUGAAAGAAAUUUUCAACAAGCUUGCCAACAAUGCUGACACAUUUGCAGCUGGUGCAUCAACGCAGUCUAAUGAAAGUCUCAAUAAUAUUUUGCCUAAAAAAGCUCCCAAAGGUACUUUAUAUGGUACUUCAGAAUCGUACGAUUUUCAAGCAGCCAGUGCUGUUGGGCAGAAGAAUGUCGGAAAACAAUAUGUCCAGAAUGUUUUGCUGAACCGACACAAAUUGAAGAAACAAAGAUUGCAACUGAAGUAUCAAAAAGAAGCAAAAGAAGGCGAUACAUAUGUAAGCGACAUCGGAUUGUUCGAAAUGCCCGCUGUUCCUUCUAGUAAUUUAAAUUGUCCCACGAAUAGUAAUAGUUCAAUCUCAACUUCUUUCGAAAUAGUUUUUUUCGAUUUGGAAACAGGAGGAUUUAGUAUGACGGAUGAUAUCUUACAAAUUGCCAUGAAAUGUAAUUCUACAGAGUUUAAUAAGUACAAUGAUCCAUCGAAACGCAUACAACCUAAAGCAUCUGAAGUGCAUGGUCUGAUUUAUGAAAGUGGCGAAUUACGUCUCCAUGGAGUUAGAGUUUCAUCGUCACCACUAAAAGUUGUUUUUCAAGAAUUACUGCAGUACUUAAAAGGUUUUGGAAAUAAAUGUGUUUUAGUUGCACAUAACUCCAAAUUUGAUGCUCUACGUCUUUUAAAGAAAAUAGAAGAACUUUCUAUUUUACCUCAAUUUAGUGCAGUUGUUUUUGGAUUUUCUGACACUCUUCCAUUGUUUAGAAAAAAAUUUUGGAUAGAAAAUCAAAAGGACAAUUGA